AUGGUUGAUAAACAGUCCAAUGAUCUUAAGAAAAAAGGAGGAGGAGAGCUUUGGGAAGAGAAUAAACCUGAGAAGCUGGGCGAGAAAAUCCACAAAUCUCACCGAGAGAAGUUAGCACCUGCUGAUGAGAGGAUGCAAAGAUCAGACACAAGACUCUAUCUCCCAGCAGAUCUAGUGGAGAACAUUCUCAUAAGGCUUCCAGUAAGACAACUUGUGAGGUUUCAAAUCGUUUGUAAAGAUUGGAGAAGUCUCUUAGGCCAAAGCAGAUUCAUCUACGCUCAUCUGAAAAACAACAGCCACAAGUUCCUUCACUCAAGAGACUCUUCUCAGAUUUGGAUAGUAGAGAACUUGGAUCAAUCUCCUCUAUACUUCAAACUGUGUGAUCUCCGUGGUGAACAUAUCCGAGGUAUCUCAGCCUGUGAUGGAUUAAUUUUGUGCAACACUUACUCUGGCAAAAUUGCAAUCUGGAACUUACAAGUACGUAGAUGGCUACCCGAUAGAGAGUUUGUGUCCUUUGAUGACUGCUGCUGCCUUGGACGCACAAGAGACAUGAUAUACAAGGUUUUAACCUUCAAUCUCGUUGCUAGCCGUUAUUAUGAUAGUGCGUUAAAUACACUUGAAGCAGAAAUAUGUGAUCUCCAUUCACAGAGCUGGAAGUCUGUAGAGAUGGAUGACACUUGGACUUUGUAUAGGAAUAAGUUUGUCGUGCUAUCACUGGGAGGAAAUUCGUUUUGGUUAGCUUGCUGGUGUGACAACAAUGAAGUCUUUGUGCAGUCGUUUAACUUUUCCACGGAAUCGUUUAUACCAGUUAGACUUCCUUUUGUGGUCAAGCCAUUGGAUGAGACUACAACAGCUUUAUCGU